AUGUCGGCCACGACGUUCGAUGGCAAGGACCCGCCUUCCCUUCCAGUGCCUGAUCCCGCCAACCUCGACUACUGCAUGCAGGCGCAAAUCCGCUACAGCUGCGGCCACUCAACCGGAGGCGAGUUCAUCAAAUGCCGCCGACAUAUCAACAAGGAAGACGAGCGAUGUUCGAAUCGAUCAAUCAUCCACAUCGAUGGCAAGCAUUCGCCCCAUAAGUGCCGCUCAUGUCUGAGAAGCGCGUGA